GCAGCCGCGAGCCCGGACCUGCCCGCCGACCUGGCGGCGCAGUCUCGCGGGAUCGCUCUGCUCUCGCUCCCCGUGCGGCUCCCGGGGCGGCUGGCGUCCCGGACGUCCCCGGAGCGGGCUCAGGCCGCUGGUGAAUGGUAGGCUGGACGGGGACGCGGCAGGAGAGCUGCCUUCGACCGUCGCCUGAGUCCUUGACCCGGAACUCAUUUUCAGGAAAAGAGCUUCUUUCGAAAUGGUGAAAUAAUGAAGUGAGAAAUUUGAACAUUUUAUCUUUGGGUGGAAAUCUGAGAAUGCAAAGAGCGGUUAAUCGAAGCCAUGCGGUAAAAGCAGGAAUUUGAAGAAAAUGGAAAAGUUUACAUUUUUGUGGAUAUGUGUUUUUCUACCCCUCAUAAGAGGGCACAGUCUUUUCACCUGUGAACCAAUUAUUGUUCCCAGAUGUAUGAAAAUGACCUACAACAUGACAUUUUUCCCUAAUCUGAUGGGUCAUUAUGACCAGAAUACCGCUGCUGUAGAAAUGGAGCUCUUUCUUCCUCUUGCAAAUCUGGAAUGCUCACCAAAUGUUGAAACUUUCCUUUGCAAAGCUUUUGUACCAACCUGCACAGAGCAAAUUCAUGUGGUUCCACCUUGUCGUAAAUUUUGUGAGAAAGUAUAUUCUGAUUGUAAAAAAUUAAUUGACACUUUUGGGAUCCAAUGGCCUGAGGAACUUAAAUGUGACAGAUUAAAGUAUUGUGAUGAGACUUUUCCUGUAACUCUUGAUCCACACACAGAGUUUCUUGGUCCUCAGAAGAAAACAGAACAAGUCCAAAGAGACAUUGGAAUUUGGUGUCCAAGGCAUCUUAAGACUUCUGGGGGACAAGGCUACAAGUUUCUGGGAAUUGACCAAUGCGCUCCUCCAUGCCCCAACAUGUAUUUUAAAAGUGAUGAGUUAGAGUUUGCGAAAAGUUUCAUCGGAAUAGUUUCAAUAUUUUGUCUUUGUGCAACCCUGUUCACAUUCCUUACUUUUUUAAUUGAUGUGAAAAGAUUCAGAUACCCAGAGAGACCAAUUAUAUAUUACUCUGUCUGUUACAGCAUUGUAUCUCUUAUGUAUUUUAUUGGAUUCUUGCUAGGCAAUAGCACAGCUUGCAAUAAGGCAGAUGAGAAGCUAGAAGUUGGUGAUACAGUUGUUCUGGGCUCUCAAAAUAAGGCCUGCACCGUUUUGUUUAUGUUUUUGUAUUUUUUCACCAUGGCCGGCACUGUGUGGUGGGUGAUUCUUACCAUUACAUGGUUCUUAGCUGCAGGGAGAAAAUGGAGCUGUGAAGCCAUUGAACAGAAAGCAGUGUGGUUUCAUGCUGUGGCAUGGGGAGUACCAGGUUUUCUGACUAUUAUGCUUCUUGCUAUGAACAAAGUUGAGGGAGACAACAUUAGUGGAGUUUGCUUUGUUGGCCUUUAUGACCUGACUGCUUCUCGCUACUUUGUACUCUUGCCACUGUGCCUUUGUGUGUUUGUUGGGCUGUCUCUUCUUUUAGCUGGCAUUAUUUCCUUAAAUCAUGUUCGACAAGUUAUACAACAUGAUGGCCGUAACCAAGAGAAACUAAAGAAAUUUAUGAUUCGAAUUGGAGUCUUCAGUGGCCUGUAUCUUGUGCCAUUAGUGACACUUCUUGGAUGUUAUGUCUAUGAGCAAGUGAACAGGAUUACCUGGGAGAUAACUUGGGUCUCUGACCAUUGUCGUCAGUACCACAUCCCAUGUCCUUAUCAGGCAAAAACAAUAGCUCGACCAGAAUUGGCUUUAUUUAUGAUAAAAUAUCUGAUGACAUUAAUUGUCGGCAUCUCUGCCGUGUUCUGGGUUGGAAGCAAGAAGACAUGCACAGAAUGGGCUGGAUUUUUUAAACGAAAUCGCAAGAGAGAUCCAAUCAGUGAAAGUCGAAGAGUACUGCAGGAGUCAUGUGAGUUUUUCUUAAAGCACAAUUCUAAAGUUAAACACAAAAAGAAGCACUACAAACCAAGUUCACAUAAGCUGAAGGUCAUUUCCAAAUCCAUGGGAACCAGCACAGGAACGUCACCAAAUCAUGGCACUUCUGCAGUAGCAAUCACUAACCACGAUUACUUAGGACAAGAGACUUUGACAGAGAUUCAAACUUCUCCAGAAACAUCAGUGAGGGAAGUGAGAGAAGAUGGAGUGAGCACUCCCAAGUCAAGAGAACAGGACUGUAGGGAGCCUGCCUCCCCUGCGGUGUCCAGCUCCAAACUCUGUGGGGAGCAGGCCGACCGGAAAGGCCGGGCAGGCCCUGUGAAUGACAAGAGUGACGGUGCGCGGAGUGAGGGCAGGGCCACUCCAAAAAGUGAUGUCACUGAAACUGGCCUGGUGCAGAGCAACAACUUGCAGGUCCCCAGUUCUUCAGAACCAAGCAGCCUGAAAGGCUCCACAUCACUGCUUGUUCACUCGGCCUCUGGAAUUAGAAAAGAGCAGGGCUCUGGCAGUCACUCAGAUACUUGAAAACUAGGUUAUCCCGUUACUUAGAAGCGAAUUUGUGUUACACUGGAGGUGACCGCUACACUGUCGUAUAUGAAUCACUGUAAUAGUCUUCUUUUGUACUUAAAGCUACAUUGCCUGCUGUUACACUGGAAACAAUAGAUGCUGUGAAUAAUAUGACUCAUUUCACACAGAAGUUAACGAUAACAAUAUACCUGAAAAACAGAAAUGUGUAGGUUAAUAGUAUUUUUUAAAUUGCAUGGGAGGAGGAAGGGAGAGGAAUCUUCUUUUAUUUAUGAAGAUUCUACUCCUGUUAAAAGUAUUUUAAGGUAUACUGUGCUAUUUCCCAUUUAUGAUAUAAAAAUCAAGAUUUUUUUGCUGAAGUGUUAAAAACGUAUCUUUGUAUCUUUUUUAUAUGUUUGAAAGUAAAUUUAUAUGUAUUUGAAGUUUUAUUAGAAAUCCUGGAAAAUCUACUCAAAUAUUUUACUAUGUUAUUCUGAUAUUUUAUUUUCACACUACUUUGGUAGCUUUUACACUGAAUUUCUAAGAAAAUUGAAAAAUAGUAUUCUUUUGUGGUAUAAAAAAUAGUUGGCACACCAGAAGGUGUUAUAAUGAGACUUCAACUAAAAAAAUCCACUUAUUCUACCUUAUCAUCUUCAAUGUGUGAAUUUUAUAAAGUCUUAUUAUUUCAGGAAUUUCACGGCUCUAUUGUGCAACUGAAAUAAGGUGCUUCUUGAAAGAGUAUCUAAUGUUGAUUGUAUUAUGUUGGUUGCUGAUCCUUCUGCAUUUUAAAAAUAAAAUUCCUGAAGGAUUAGUAGAUGAAAUGUUAUUUUAUAAAUUAAGCCAAGUGCAAUUGAUUUUCUUUUUUUUAAUGUUUCGUGACCACCCAAUAUUGUAUUAUUAUGACCAUUUACAGUUGUGUAUACUUUUGUUUCAACUUUUGUUUUCUAACAUUUAGAAUACCACAAAUGCUUUGUAUUUGUGCAAUAUCUUUCUCAGAUAAUAUGUAGAAUUCAUUCCAGUAGCUAAAUAGAAUUUUUCUGAACAUUAAAAAGUGUGUUAGCAAUAUUAGUGCCAAUUAAAAGGAAAAAAAUGUAGUCCUGAAAGUAAAAUGUCUUUCAUAUAACACACUUUAAAAAUACUAAAAAAUUUUCUUAAUUUUAUUUCCAAUUAAUCAUUAUUCCUCAAACAGGU